AUGAUCCGAGCCAGACCUAGGGUUAUCAGUACCCUCCACUCUCUUCCCCUCCUUGUGGCAGCCUGCUUUGUCGAAUCACCUUAUCCCUCGUACUUGACAUGUCCUGUGGCACUUCCGGAUCGCAAUGGACGUGGCCGGACAUGGGUCCAGGUAUUGUCGGGACUGUUACCUCCACUCCGUCCGGCGGCGCCAGCUCUCGAGUCUCCAAUGCGUCCACAGGACAAAACGGUUGCGUUUUCAGAGCGACGUUUGGGUAUUUUCUACGUUCACCCUCUCACAGAGACAUGCGGCACCCACCCUCCGUGCCCCGGCCGACAAUUUCGCCCAUUCGCAGGCGCCUCCUCCCCUGGUGAUGAAAAGGAGGCGUCUCCGGCAGAAGCAUUACGGUGGGGCCGUUUCCGAGUACAGCACAGUACUGAUAUGAUGCGGCCGCACCGUACCGUGACUAUCACCGCCACCAAGUUCGGAUGGAAUGAAUUCCUACGCGCCCAGUAA